AAGUUCCGUGUUGUUCGAUGCUGAGGGGUAGAUUUUUGCAGAUACUUUCUGCUUGUCGCCGCCUUUGAACAAGUAUUUUCGGUGUUUCUACGAACUUGAAAUUACUGAAAACGUAAAGGGGAUUUAAGAAGCAUUUCUUCUUCAUCUUUACGUGAACGAUAGACUCCAUAUACAACCAUGUCAAGAUCAAGCAAAGAGAGUGACAGCAUCUACCGCAUCCCACCAUACUACUACAUUCAUGUCCUUGACCAGAACAGCAAUGUGACAAAGGUGGAGACUGGUCCAAAGACCUUCAUCCGACAGGAUAAUGAAAAGGUUAUUCUUGGACCUGAGAAGAUGAUCACAGUGCCACCAAGGCACUACUGCAUUGUGGAAAAUCCUUGCCUACGUGACAAGGAUGGGAAACUUGUCCUGGACGACUAUGGCCAAAUCAAGCUACGACAUGCUGAUCAGGAUAUCCGCCUUGCCCAAGACCCCUUCCCCCUCUACCCUGGCGAGGUUCUUAAACAAGGAGUGACAGCUCUAAGAGUGGUUGUGGCUAACUCAGCCUUGCGCCUUAGGGCUGUGCUAGACUUCGAGGAUGCAUCAGGAGAAAAAAGAGUUGCUGGUGAUGAGUGGCUGUUUGAAGGACCAGGUACCUUAAUUCCAAGGAAGGAAGUCGAGAUAAUAGAAACUGUCAGAGCAACGGUCAUCCAGCCUAAUCAAGCUAUCAGACUAAGGGCCAGAAGGGAGACCAGGGAUCGUGAUGGUCAUAUGCGAGUGACGGGAGAGGAAUGGCUGGUUAAAAAAGUUGGUGCGUACCUUCCAGGUGCAUACGAAGAAGUGGUGACGGUGGAGGAUGCAUUUGUUCUCACCGAGAAGAAAGCAUUGCACCUGCGAGCCACUGGGACCUACAAAGAUGUCAAUGGUGUUACCAGGAAGAAUGGAGAAGAAUGGCUGGUCACCAUGAGUGAUACAGAGGCACAUAUACCAGAUGUUUAUGAAGAGGUACAAGGAGUUAUUGAGAUAACCACCUUGAAUAACAGGCAAUACUGUGUGAUCAUGGACCCUGUGGGUUCUGACGGCAAGCCGCAGCUUGGGCAGAAAAAACUUGUAAAGGGUGAGAAGUCAUUCUUUCUUCUGCCUGGGGAGAGUUUGGAGCAAGGCAUUAUACAGGAUGUGUUUGUUCUUGGAGAAGACGAAGGACUGAUUCUGAAGGCUAACGAGUCCUUUGACGACAUAUCAGAGGACGGGAAAAAAGUUCUGCGCAAUCCUGGAGACCGCUGGAUGAUUCGCGGACCCAGGGAGUACAUACCUCCAGUCGAAGUGGAUGUGACUGACAGGCGUAAGGCGAUGCCCCUGGAUGAAAACGAGGGUAUCUAUGUACGAGACAUCAAGACAGGUAAAGUGCGCGCUGUGUGUGGUCAGACCUACAUGCUGACCCAUGACGAGGAGCUGUGGAUGAAGGAGCUCCCUCCUGCCGUGGAGCUGCUUCUCGCAGGUGGCAAGGACCCCCUGGCAGACCGCGGCUACCGUAAUAUAGCCCCGCCCCCACGUGAGGCUAAAAGCGAGACAAGACGCGACAAGACGCGGGUGAUCACAUAUCGUGUGCCUCAUAACGCUGCCGUGCAGAUCUAUGAUUACACGGAGAAAAAAGCAAGGGUGAUAUUCGGUCCAGAGCUGGUAAUGUUAGGCCCAGAUGAACAGUUUACCCAGCUAAGUAUUUCUGGCGGCAAGCCCAAAAAGCCUAACGUGAUAAAGGCCCUGUGUCUGCUACUCGGUCCAGACUUCUGCACGGAUAUUAUAACAGUGGAAACCGCUGACCACGCUAGGCUCUCACUGCAGCUCUCGUACAACUGGCAUUUUGACGCAUCGGAUAAGAGUGCCAAGGAAGCAGCCAAGCUCUUCUCUGUACCGGACUUCGUGGGCGACGCGUGUAAAGCCAUCGCCUCCAGAAUCCGAGGAGCUGUGGCAGGUGUACAGUUCGACGAUUUCCACAAGAACUCUGCAAAGAUCAUCCGGUCCUCAGUGUUUGGGUUGGAUGAGAACAAGAAGAUCCGGAACAAGUUCACGUUUCCCGCCAACAAGCUCAACAUCACAAGCGUCGACAUCCAGUCGGUGGAGCCUGUGGACCAGCGAACCAGGGACGCCUUACAGAAAUCUGUCCAGCUAGCUAUUGAAAUCACUACCAACUCGCAGGAGGCCGCUGCUAGGCAUGAAGCAGAACGUCUUGAGCAGGAGGCGAAGGGGCGAUUGGAGCGCCAAAAGAUUUCGGAUGAGGCCGAAGCUGAGCGUGCCCGCAAAGAACUGUUGGAGCUGCAGGCUCAAAGUGCAGCGGUCGAGUCCACUGGUCAGGCUAAGGCUGAGGCCCAGUCACGUGCCGAGGCGGCUAGGAUACAAGGCGAGGCUGCUGUGCAACAAGCUAAGCUCAAGGCCGAGGCCACGAAGAUCGAGGCGGAGUCAGAUCGCGAGCGCAUGACAAAGGACCGUGAAGCGGAGCUUGCCUAUACGGCGGAGGAGAAUGCGCUUGAGAUUUCACGCGCAAAGGAGAUGGCGGCCAUCGAGACUGAGAAGUUCAGCAACAUGGUGAAUGCGAUCGGCGCUGAGACAAUCCAGGCUAUAGCCACCGCUGGGCCGGAUAUGCAGGUCAAACUCCUGCAGUCUCUUGGUCUCAAGUCCACCCUCAUUACAGACGGUAGUACUCCCGUCAACCUGUUCAGCACGGCGCAGGGGCUGAUUGGUGCCAUGGGAACCUCACAAUAACAUGGAAUAACUAGUUGAACUUGAUUGGUGCAAUGGGAACCUCGCAGUAGCAUGGAAUAACUAGUUUAACUGGUUAUAAACCGGUUUUAUAACCAGUAGACACCAAUGUCUUCAAAGAAGAAAGUAGUUAAUUCACACACACCAAUAAUUACAAUUGAUAAUUUAAUUAAACAAUGCUACAAUGAUAUGGAUUUCAUGCGAUACUUUAUCAGUAAUUCACCCAGUAAUAAAAGUGAAUGAAUUAAAUAAUUCCCUCCGGGACCUCAGGAUCGGUCCCCAAUAUUUAGUUGUUAUACAUUGUUACAAAAUGAACGCACUUUAAAAUAAAUGUCUUCUCUA